AUGUCCCACACGACCAGCGAUGCCAAUGCUGUGGCCAGCAUCAAAACGGGCCUCACCAAACGUCGGAGCCUUGUCGCCCGCCAGAAGGUGGAGGACAUCUCGGCCGAGCAGCUGCAAAGCAUUUUGUCGAACAGCAAGGCCGAUUUUGGCACACUGUGGACCCUCUGCGACAAGCUCUAUUCGUUCUGUGGUGUCAAAGAAUGCAGGCCGCCUGCCCCGCCUCGCAGUCCCGCUUCUGCACCGGCACCGCAAGCAGCUCCAGAGCCGAAAGCAGCUCCGAAGAAAGGACGCAAUGCGGCUGUGAAGGCACAAGAGGCCAAGGACAAGCCGAAGAAGAUUAUCCACUACGGCUUCAGCUCCUUCGACGCCCCGCGGAUUUGCACGGCAAUCAAUCACUUGAUAAUCGCGGCAGGGCCCAAAGACAUGAAGUACCACAGCUUUGAGAUCGUUUGGGCGCCUCGAAGUGGAGCGGCCGGUAUGAUGUCCGGCAAGCCGGUUUCGCGGCCGUGGUAUGCCUUGGCACCUGCACCGGCAGAAGGCGGACAAGGCCGGCAGGCAGUUCUUGAGCAUCCCGGGUUCAAGGGUUCACAUGCACUGGCAGGACCCCUGCUCUGGAACUUCUUGGACGGAGUCGUGAAGCACCAGGACAGGACGAUGAACACACAGGAUGUUUCCGGAAAAAUUGUGCGGUUCGACGCUCGCUUGCCUUGGACGUGGGUGCCCGCAUCCGCACCGGCCCUGUGCAUCAUUUGUCGCUUCGUGGCUCUCGGCUUCACAAGCCAAAUCAACUCUGAGAUGAAGAAGGCUGGAUUUCCAGUCGGCCAGGGCACCGCAUUGGCGACGCUGCCGGGGGCAUUGGCGACCGGCUCGAUGAUGAUGAAGUUGGCUGCCAACAAGUUCAAACAGGAUCACCCGGACCUCGUGAGCAAGUACUGCGAGCACUGUGUCUGCGACAGCUGUGCUGCGAUUCGCAAGAGGUUCCAUCACAUCAAUGCCGAGCUGUCCAUACAAGUGUCCCAAGUGCAAUGCUGCGAGUCGGCGGAAGCCGCCUGCUCUCUGCAAUGGCUGUGCCUUGAUUGUCGAACAUUGCUAUUUGAAGCAUUGUGGACGCUGCCUCCUUUCUCUUUUCCGGUCCAAGGUGACGUGAGAAACACUCGUGGUCACAACCUCAAGAGCGACAGGAGGCAGCAGACGGGCAAGACCUGGAAACAGCGCAGCUCUUCGAAGAGAGUGGUGGCAUCGUGGUGGGACGAAGAGAUUGAGCUGCCUCGGCCGACGCCGAAGGGCGGUUUGGUGCCGCCGGCUGAGCAGCAGAUGGAGCACUGGAUCUGGAUUAAGCAUGCCGUGAACCCCGGCUCUGGCAUUGGCUACUUGUUCCAGGGUCUGUGCGAUGAUGUCAUCGAUUUGAAGGGCAAGCCGAAGUGCUUCGAUCUGUUGAGGAGCAGCCAGAAGCAGGAUGUGGACGAGAUCGUCAUAAACGGAAAGCAGGACGAGGAAGAUAUUCUUGAUGUCGAGGAGAUCUUCCGUGAGGAGGCACUGCAGGGCGCUCGCCCGGCUGGAGCUCUCGUUGCCCGGCGCUGUGAGGGUAUGGCCGCGCUGCUGCAGGAGCUGCUGAGUUUGGAGGUCGUGACGACAGAGGAACUGCUCACGCCCGACCAGCAGGGCCGAACCGCACUGCACCGUGCUGCGGGCAGCGGUCAAGCUACAGUACUGCUGGCAGUGAAGGAGCUGUCCGGAGCUACACACGAGCAGAUCGAGGCUGUGGACCUCCAAAACCGUGGUUUGUUGCACCACGCCGCCCUGGCCAACGAUGCGGAGUGCGUCCGCGCGGUGAUCCGCUUCACCCCCCGACCGCCUCUGGAGCUGGCUGAGGAGGACUCCUGGCACCACACUCCCAUUCACCUGGCGGCCACCGUCGAUGGCGUGGAAGCAAUCAAAGCGCUGAUCGAGAUGGGAGUUCCUUUCGACAAGCACAUGGGCCCAACAAAGUUGGACGACGGUACUGUGGUCCUCGUCCAGACGAGAGAAGCCGAGGAAGAGGCCCCAGCAGAGUGGCAACUGGCCUUGGUGCGAGGCCUGGCAGGCAACAACCUGACGGUGAAGUUCGCCGGAGCCAAGGAGACGAAGGUGCUCGUCGAGAAAUGUGAGGUCGCGCCGACCCCUCUGGCGCUGGCCGAGAAGCUGGGUAAGCAGGAUGUUUUUGCGAAGCUGAAGGAGGCCAUCCUGGGUUCCUCGCGGCGCAAGCUACAUGCUGUGGGCGCUGUAGCUGGUGCCGUCCAAGGCGCCGCCAAGAACAUGGCAAACGCAGCCAUGAACUUCCGCCUGGCGCAGACCCAGAGCGCACAAAGCGAAGCAAGCACACCGCGUGCUUUCGGCCACACCGCCAGCACCAAGGAGCUGUCCGGCUCCUCUUCGCCCAAGCCGCCAGCGUUCAAGCAAAGGAGUUUCGGUCGGCCGCCCCCAAGCUUCCGGAGCCUUCAGGAUCCAUCUCGCAUGUCCACGCCACGGCGACGCUUCCGGGGAGCAGCGCUGACUGUCAUGGCGGAGCUCCGGCUCGCGCGGGCCAUGAAGCUUCAGUGA